GUGUUCGGUUUUUAUGGAUAUACAACGUCUUACUGGUGAAGAGAAACUGAAACUUAGUCGUAUUUACUUUUUCGCUGGAAUCGGAUUUCUUCCUUUCCUCUGGUGGAUUAACGUAUUUUGUUUUCUAAAGGAGUUAUCCACCCCACAGUCCUAUCCAGAAUUUGAGCUGGUUAAAAAAUAUACCACUUUCAGUUUAAUUGGAGCAUUGGCUUGGACAGUUGUCUUUGCUGUUUGGAUUGUUAUUUUCCUAAAUUUUAGAGUUAGUUGGGGUGACUUGGGAGAUCGUUUGUCAUUUAACAUACCUCCUGGUGUAUUAUAA